UAAAUGGGAGAGACUUCUUUCAAAACGGGAGCUAUUUGAUCCGUGUGGUAAAUUACAUGCAAGCACUUAUUUUUUGCCAGGAGCGCCAUUAUUUGCUGAUUCUGGAGGCAUGAGUAGACUCUGUGCAGCUGGCUCUCUGUGGCUAAGUAGUCAAGGUCCCAAAUGCUACUGCCACCCCUGCCAUGGUUGCGCCAGGGGAUCAGGCCUGGGUCACUUGCUCUCUUUCACUGAGGUAACCAUGUCCUGUAAGCUACUGCCAGUCCUACCACAGUUGCACCAGGAGGCCAUGACUGAGGGGCGUCAAUUCCUGCUAAGUCAGGUCUGGAAACUACUUGCUGCUUAUGAACUGCCUCUCCCUCCCCCUGAGCUCAGUCCGAUAUCUUAACUGUGCCUUUGAUGUUCAGGGCUCCUAGCUUGUCUUUAUAUAAUGGAUUCAUUUGUUUUUUCGGGUCUUUCUUGUAAGAGGGACCACCAUAACCUUCUGACUACUCUGCCACCUUGGCCCCGCCUCUCUAAAUGUUAAGAUUUUUUUAAACAAAAUCAGAGAGAGAAGGAGAAGCAGGAAAAGGGCCUUACAACAUUUAAAUAGUUUACUUUCAUAUUUGGGAAUGUCUAAACAGAGUAAUGGAGCCCUACUCGCACAGUGGUUAAGUGCUGAGGCUGGUAACCAAAAGGUCUGUCAGCAGUUUGAAUCCACCAGCCACUUCUUGGAAACCCCAUGGGGCAGUUCUACUCUGUCCUAUAGGGUUGCUAUAAGUCAGAAUUGUCUCGAUGGCAACCGUUUUUUUUUUUUUAAACAGAGUCAUAGAUAAUAGAAAGUCCAGUGAAGAAUCUAUCCUGUACUGACUACUUAGCUAUUGAGCAAGGGAUUGAAAAGAACCUUUCUUAGAGGAAUUUAAAAAUCAAGAUAAUAACUUUGUACUUGAUAAUAUUAUAAAAUAGAAACUUAUGUAUUUCUGAGCCAAAGCCAAAUACUGAUAGGUAACAUUUAGAGAGUCAUGUUGGGGAUAGUGACUUAAAGCAGUAAGUCCAGCUUCUUAAACAAAAGAAAAAGAAAUAGUUGCAGUAAUUAAUGUAUGUCUUGGGGAUAAGCAAAGAUUAUAAACCUCAAAAUGGAAAAUAAUCUUUAUGUCACUAAAUUCAUUCCUAUAGCAAUUCAAUCACUUAUUCUUUUCAACAUAUUUUCAACUUUUUAACACACUGCUUAUAUUUAAGUAUUUUCUUACUGAUAAGUGAAUUUGCUAAGAACUAUUAUCCUUAUGGAAAUCCUGGUGGAGUAGUGGCUAAGAGUUUGGCUACUUACUAAAAAGUAAGCAGUUCGAAUCCAUCCGGUGCUCCUUGGAGAUCCCAUGGGGCCGUUCUACUCUGUCCUAAGGUGUUGCUAUAAGUCAGAAUUGACUUAACAGCAAUGGGUUUUUUUUUUUCUUUAAUCGUUCUUAUCCUAUUAAAAUAAGUAUAGCAUAUUUUUAUUUAUUUUUUCAUUGAUCUUCUACAACAGAUUUUGGAUGUAAAUGCAUGAUGUCUUACAUUUUAUCUUUGUGUAAUGGAAUGGUGUUUCUUGUUUAAAAAAAGGUAAAAUUGCCCAUUCAUUUAAGCAACUGUAUAAUUUCCUGAAAAAUACAUUGUUGGAUCAAUCACAGAUAUUAUGAAAAAAUAAAUAAGUAGUUCACUGUUCUUUAUUUACCUUCCACACUCUUGUUUCUUACUUUAGGGAAAACCAAUGAAUAUUCAAUGGAGAAUUAUAGUGAAACAUCAACUGAUUUCAUUUUAUUAGGACUGUUCCCACCAUCAAGAAUUGGCCUUUUCCUCUUCAUUCUCAUCAUUCUCAUUGUCCUAAUGGCUUUAAUUGGUAACAUAUCCAUGAUUAUCCUCAUCCUACUGGACACCCAUCUCCACACACCCAUGUAUUUCCUGCUUAGUCAGCUCUCUCUCAUGGACCUGAAUUACAUCUCCAAUAUUGUCCCCAAGAUGGUUUACAAUUUCUUGUUUGGAAGCAAGUCAAUCUCCUUCAUUGGAUGUGGAGUUCAGAGUUUCUUCUUUUUGACUUUGGCAGGUGCAGAAACACUUCUCUUGGCAUCUAUGGCCUAUGACCGCUAUGUGGCCAUUUGCUUUCCUCUUCACUAUCCUGUUCGUAUGACCAAAAGUGUGUGUGCGCUAAUGACUAUAGGAUCUUGGAUAAUGAGCUCUAUCAAUGCGUGUGCCCACACCGCAUAUGCACUCCAUAUACCCUAUUACCAGUCCAAGACCAUCGAUCAUUUUUUCUGUGAUUUCACAGCCAUAUUGGCUCUGACACACAUGGACACCUGGGUCUAUGACUACAUAGUGUUUGUGUGCAGCACCUUAUUCCUUGUGUUUCCUUUCAUUGGCAUUACCUAUUCCUAUGGACGGGUUCUCCUUGCCAUCUACUGCAUGCCCUCAUCAGAAGGGAAGAAGAAGGCCUAUUCAACCUGCAGUACCCACCUCACUGUGGUGACUUUGUACUAUGCACCCUUUGUUUACAAUUAUCUACACCCAAGAUCCUUCCGAUCUCCAACAGUAGACAAGGUUCUGGCUAUUUUCUACACCAUCCUCACACCCAUGUUCAACCCUGUCAUCUACAGCCUGAGGAACAAAGAGGUAAUGAGGGCCCUGAGAAGAGUUACUCAGAGAAUGUUCUCUCUGUGAAAAUGUAGACAAGAUUUCUGCAUCAAUCUUCAAGCUGAAAGUGUCUAUUCUGCAGUGAAUGGACAAGGUCUAAGGUUAUAUUAGAAGAUUUUAAAAACUAGAAGUUUGACAAAAUAAUUUUACAUUACUAAGGCAUGUUUCUUUUUUCCUGAGGUGAUUUUUUUUUCCAUCAAUAUAAAAGGCAUAUACAGUCAACUCAAUUUGAGAAAUAAGAAGCUUUUAUUAAUAUGUAGAAAAGAAAAUGAAAACUUUCUAAAAUGAUAUCAUUCAUAUAACAAUUCUACUAUAUAUAAUUUAUCUCUCAAUAUGACAACAGAAAAAUAAAUGAUUUAUUUAUUUAAAAAUAAUAUUUUCUCCAUUAAUUCUCUGUUAAUAGGUGUGUACUGUCCCAAUUUUUUCCCCCAAUUUCAGGGGAAAAGGCAGAUAUAGGGAUUAGAAAGUCUUACACAACUAUAGAGGAAAUAUGACAAGUUUAUGUUUUCCAGAAGAAAUAUGACAAGUUUAUGUUUUCCAGAAGGGGGGACCUGAAUUUAUCUGGAUGAAUCCUAGGAAAGUGAUUUAUAAACAAGGUCAGUAAUCAGGGCUGGAGAGAUGCUGAGUUAGAGAAGAAGGAGAGCAUACUUUAUAAGAGGAUUAAUGGAAGUUAUGGGUUAUGCUAUCUCAGCCAUUCCCAAAUAAGUCCCCAGCACAGACUCAAAUUUUGCAUCCCAAGUAGCCACGUUACCCUUAUAUAAGACAAUUUACCUUAUACAUUUUCUUAUUCUUCAGUCAAUAGACUCAUAAUUCUAUUGAUAUGUUUUUUGGGGGUAGGAGUGGGGAGUCAACUUCUCUGCACCAGUAUUUUAAAUCGAUAUACCAGCUCAGCCUGUGCCUGAAUGGGUCCCCCCAUUAUUUUCAGGAAAAAAAAAAUGUAUUAGCUUAGGUGUAUAUG